AUGGAUGGUGAAUCAUCGACAGAAGAUGAGCUGAGUGCGAUGCAGCGUGGACGACACCGUCGCAGCAGAUCAAGUCGCGGCGGAUCGCGGUCGUCGAUGGAUAUGGCACGACGCGAUCGAGGAAGUUUAUCGCCUUCAGUGCGG